AUGACUUGGUUGAGAAGAUACUUGAGAAUACCGCAAGAAUUGCGACCAUCUGAAGUUUUUAAUCAGGACUCACUUUCUCCUUUGAAAAUAGCGGUACAGAUUGUUCUGCUGCAAGUAUUCUACUAUUUCACAGCCUACGUCCUAUUUUAUGGUUGGGCCAGCUUAGGCGGUUACGAUGCUCCAAUCAGUCAAUGGUUAUUUUCGUGGGAGUCAAUUGACUUCUCCAACUCUCUUGGAAUUGCGCUUUCCUUAUUGUGGUUGUUAGACGCGCUAAUAUGCGUACUUUUUCUAACCAUAAUCGUUGGUCGCAGCAAGCUAGCCUGGGAUUUCGGAGUAACUAUACAUGCAGUUAAUCUCCUAACCGUAUGGAUCAACACGGGCAGGUGGCCCAGCUUUGCUUGGUUUGUCGUUCAGGCGAUCUCUUUAGUGAUUUUGGUCUUUUUAGGAACAUGGUUGUCCAGAUGGAGAGAGCUCAAAGACACGUUCUUUGACGGACUUGUCGAUCCAAGCACUGGAACAACAACAACUGCAUUAGCACAGUCCGCAGGAUCUAUCUCUCAUGAUAUAGAGAUGAAGGAUUUGGAAGCUCAAAAAUAA